AUGAGCAAGAAGAACCAACAGCAGGAAGAGGAGCUCAACGAUGGCUCCAUCUUCUCCAUCUCCGGACCUGUCGUUGUCGCGCAAAACAUGACGGGUGUGGCCAUGUACGAGCUCGUCAAGGUCGGCUUCGACCAGCUCGUCGGUGAAGUCAUUCGCAUCGACGCCGACAAGGCCACGAUCCAGGUCUACGAGGAGACUGCCGGUGUCACAGUCGGCGAUCCAGUCAAGCGCACCGGGAAGCCAUUGUCGGUAGAGCUUGGUCCUGGUAUGAUGGAGACCAUCUAUGACGGUAUUCAGAGACCGCUCAAGAGUAUCAGUGAGGCGGCCAACAGCAUCUACAUUCCAAGAGGUAUUGAUGUGCCUGCUCUGGACAGAAAGAGGAAAUGGGACUUCACACCAAGCGACAAGUUCAAGGAGGGUGAUCACAUUACUGGUGGCGAUGUCUUUGGUACUGUUGUUGAGAACUCUCUCCUCAGUGACCACAAGAUCAUGCUGCCACCGCGCGCGAGAGGAAAGAUCACAAAGUACCCCAAGAAGGGCAGCUACACUGUCGACACGACACUGCUUGAAGUCGAGUUUGAGGGCCAGAAGUUCGAGUACAGCAUGAUGCAGCAGUGGCCUGUUCGUGUACCACGUCCUUGCACGGACAAGCUCAGCUCCGGCGACCCAUUCAUUGUCGGUCAGCGUGUGCUCGAUGCUCUCUUCCCUAGUGUUCAGGGCGGCACUGUCUGCAUUCCUGGCGCUUUCGGCUGCGGCAAGACUGUCAUUUCGCAAUCUGUCUCCAAGUUCUCGAACUCUGAUUUGAUUGUCUACGUUGGCUGUGGAGAGAGAGGAAAUGAGAUGGCUGAAGUGUUGAUGGACUUCCCAGAGCUCACAAUCGAGUUCGAUGGCCGCGACGAGCCUAUCAUGAAGCGUACUUGCUUGAUCGCCAACACAUCCAACAUGCCUGUGGCUGCGCGUGAAGCCUCCAUCUAUACUGGAAUUACUUGCGCCGAGUAUUUUCGUGAUCAAGGCAAGAAUGUAGCCAUGAUGGCUGACUCCACCUCUCGUUGGGCUGAGGCUCUUCGUGAGAUUUCUGGUCGUCUCGGAGAAAUGCCCGCAGACCAAGGUUUCCCAGCUUACCUUGGAGCCAAGCUCGCCUCUUUUUACGAACGUGCCGGUAAAGUCAUCUCGCUCGGCUCCCCAGACCGCAGCGGCAGUAUCUCGAUUGUCGGCGCUGUCUCUCCGCCAGGGGGUGACUUCUCCGACCCUGUCACUACCUCGACCCUUGGUAUUGUACAGGUCUUCUGGGGUCUCGACAAGAAGUUGGCUCAGCGAAAGCAUUUCCCAUCGAUCAACACCUCGCAAUCAUAUUCCAAGUACACAGCAGCCCUGCAGAAGUACUACUCCGAAUACAACCCAGAUUUCCCACGAUACCGAGAACGUAUCCGAGAACUGCUGUCUACCUCAGAAGAUCUCGACCAGGUCGUGCAGCUUGUUGGCAAGUCUGCGCUCGGUGAUGGCGACAAGAUUACCUUGGAUGUUGCUACUUUGAUCAAGGAAGACUUCCUGCAGCAAAAUGGUUACUCGGACUACGACCAGUUCUGUCCUCUCUGGAAGACGGCCUGGAUGAUGAAGAACAUGAUGACAUUCCACGACGAAGCCCAGAAGGCGAUAUCGCAAGGGCAUGCAUGGAGCAAGGUUCGGGAGUCGACUUCUGAUAUCCAGAGUGAGCUCAGAAGCAUGAAGUUCGAGCUCCCGAAAGAGGGCGAGGAGAAGAUCAGCAAGAAGUACGAGGAGCUCUUGCAGAAGAUGCAAGAGAAGUUUGCGAGUGUGACGGAUGAGUAGAGGCAUGUUUGGCACAGAGCGGGGAGUGAGCUUUUGUGUAGAUAUGGCAUGUCUAGGCUAGGCAGAUAGGGCAUUAACGGCUGUUCCAGUAG